AUGGGAAAGAAGGACAAAAAGGGCGCUGAAGAAGCAACUUCAAACCCUCAACCAAAAGAACAAAAGAAGAAUACAGGCAUCGAAGGAGGAAUUCAUUUUGAUUCAUCCGAUUCGGUUGCUGAAAAUGCACGUAAACAAGUUAAUCUUGCACAUAUCACUAAACCAUGGACCCGUGAUACAUGGGAACGUGCUCGUCCUUGGAUCUUAGAACAACGUCAAAAGUUGGAAGGAUUAGGAUGGUCAAACGUUGAUGGAGCAAGAACGGAAUUGUUCGUUCUCAAAAAGAAUGCACCUCACGGAUCAUUCACGGAAGAUGGAUCCAUCUACAUCCGUGUACCCAAGAAGUUCAUCGACUUUAACCGUUCAGGCAAGACUGGCGGCGAUGAAGGCGCUGAAGAAGGCGGCGAAGCAGAAGAUGGAGAAAAGAAGAAAAAGAAGCCAAGCCGUGUAUCGAAAAAGAAGGAAAACGCACCUUCUUACGAACUCAACGAUCCUCUCGUUUGGAAGAUCAAAGUGGAAAAUGCCGAAAGUGAUGAUCCAGAACGUAUUCCAAGUGUGGUUUUGGACAUUCCUGAACCGAUGGAAAACAUUAUGUAUAUGGUGAUGACUUUGCAACCAGGUUUGAUCCGUUUACAUGCAGCACGCAAGAAUGUCGUUCAACCCGGCACGAAACAAAGUGCAACCCGUGACGAUGCUGAAACACCAACUGUUCGUCAUACAGCCAUGGUAGCAGCAUCUGAAGCAUACACUAGAACAUUACCGCCAGCAUAUUGGUUCAAGCGUAAUAUGGAAUCUUUACAAAAGAUUUUGAAUUCAGGAGAAGAAGGAAAGGAGUAUGAACAUACAUUAGCAGCUGCUGAAAACGUUCAAAGAGCAGUCACGCGUGAUUGCAAGGAUGUUGAAGAACGAACAUGGGAAGAAAAGAUUGGAGGUGACAAGAGUGCAGCAGAUGCCAAUUCUGCUGCUCCUGCUGCUGCCGCUGGUGGUGCCAAGAAGAGCAAGAAGGCCAAAGAUGCGCCUGCUGCUGCCGUGGCUGCCUGA